AAAAGCAUACACCAUCAUGAAUUGAGAUUUAGUUGGUGUGUGUUCUUUAACAAGAUUUUUGUGCAAAACUAGUGAACCAAACAAAAUGUCUUUGGCCUAUUACUAUGAUCUUCUGUCGCCACCUGCGAGGACUUUGCAUAUUAUUUUAAAAAUGAGUGGCGUACAAUUUGAGGAUUGUCCGGUGGCAUUGUUAAAAGGUGAACACAUGACUGAGGAUUACAAGACCAACAUCAAUCGUUUCCAAAAAGUACCCUGUAUAAUCGAUGGUGGAUUUAAACUAGCGGAGAGCAUUGCUAUAUUAAGAUAUUUAAGUGCCCAGGGAAAAAUACCCGAACAUCUCUAUUCCAAAAACCUUGUUGAACAGGCCCGUAUUGAUGAAUGUCUAGAAUGGCAACAAACAACAUUGGCCAGCACAUGUGCUCUCUAUUUCCGUGCUAAAUGGUUGGAGCCUACAUUAUCAGGGGGCAAAACGCAACCAUCACCAGAGAAAUUGGAAACUUUAAAAACAAGGAUGGAAACUAAUUUGGACUUGGUCGAAAAAUUAUGGUUAGAAAGUUCAGAUUUUUUGUGUGGCAACCAAAUGACUGUGGCAGAUAUUUUUGCUGCUUGUGUACUCGAACAGACACGUAUAGCAGAAUACGAUGUUCGUGCCCAAUAUCCCAAAAUUCGUGCAUGGUUGAAGCGGGUACGCGAAGCUUGUAACCCACAUUUUGAUUAUGCCCAUCAAACUGUGUACAAAAUCGGUGGAUCGGAGCCAAACUGAAUUGAAUUUUAGAAAGGUGCAAAAUCAGUGUUUGCUUUGUAAAUAAGCCAAUAUAAUUUUAUAAAUGAAAAUUUUAAUGAAAAACUUUUUUUAAAUCAAAUUUUUUAAUUGAUUUUUUCGAAAA